AUCCCUCUACGCGCUUUGGUUCCUGGUUGGUGCUUCCUGGUCGCAGCCGCGGCACAUCAAGAUUACUGACUUUCCAUGAUGUUUGGUGGUUAUGAGACUAUAGAAGCAUACGAAGAUGACCUUUAUCGUGAAGAGUCCUCUAGUGAACUGAGUGUUGAUAGUGAGGUGGAAUUUCAGCUCUACAGCCAAGUUCAUUAUGCCCAAGAUCUUGAUAGUGUCAUUAAAGAGGAAGAACAUGAAGAGAAGAACUCUGGGAAUUCUGAAUCAUCCAUUAGUAAACCAAAUCAGAAGAACUUAAUUAUCCUUUCGGAUAGUGAGGUCAUCCAGCUAUCAGAUGGGUCAGAGGUCAUCACUUUGUCUGAUGAAGAUAGUAUUUACAGAUGCAAAAGAAAGAAUUUUAGAGUCCAAGCAAAAGAAAAAACCCAAGGUCCUCCUGCAUCUUUUCAUUCUAAUAAGUUGACUGAUAAGAAAUGCAAGAGGAAUAUUGAGAAGCCUAAAUCUGAAGAGCUAUCGGGUACAAUCCGAGAGGUCAUGAUUAUAGAGGUCAGUUCAAGUGAAGAGGAAGAGAGCACCAUUUCAGAAAGUGAUAACGUGGAGAACUGGAUGCUGCUGGGAUGUGAAGUUGAUGAUAAAGAUGAUGAUAUCCUUCUCAAUCUUGUGGGAUGUGAAAACUCUGUAAAUGAAGGAGAAGAUGGUGUAAAUUGGUUCAUCAGUGACAAAGAUGCUGAGGCCCAGAUAGUUAACAAUAGAUCAUCUGGAAGAUGGACCCACCGAUACUAUUCAGCCAACAAAAAUGUUACCUGUAGAAAUUGUGACAAAUGUGGCCAUUUAUCAAAAAACUGCCCCUUUCCACAAAAAGUCCGCCCCUGCUGCCUCUGCUCGGAGAGAGGACACCUCCAGUAUGCCUGCCCAGCCCGCUUUUGCUUAGGCUGUUCUUUGCCUAUGCCUUCCACUCACAGAUGUCUUGAAAGACCUUCCUGGAGAAAACGAUGUGACCGAUGUGAUAUGAUAGGCCACUAUGCUGAUGCUUGCCCAGAAAUCUGGAGGCAGUAUCACCUAACGACCAAACCUGGACCCCCCAAAAAGCCGAAGACCCCUUCUGGACAAUCGGCCUUAGUUUAUUGCUACAACUGUGGGCAAGAAGGCCAUUAUGGACACGAAUGUACAGAAAGACGAAUGUUUAACCAGACCUUUCCAACAUCUCCAUUCAUCUACUACUAUGAUGACAAAUAUGAAAUUCGGGAGAGAGAACAGAGAAUAAAACGAAAGGUGAAAGAACUCCAGAAAAAUGGGGAUUUUCCAAGGCAGUUCAAGAGACCUCACAUGGAAGCAGCAGAGAAGAGGCCCCCCCAUGGCAGGAGGAAGAGCCAUGCCUCGUGGAGAAACAGCAGGUGGCCUCAAGAAAAGAAAGAAACCCAAAAAGAAGCGAGCAGGAGCCGCAAAGAGCGUGAGAAACACAGGAAGGCUGACAGGGCUCACGAAGUGGAGGAGGACUUCCCCAGGGGCCCAAAACUCCAUUCUCCUGGCACCUUCAAGACCCAGAAGGGCCCCAAGUCCUUCCACCACUCAUCACAUUACCACAAGCCAAGAGAAGACAAGCUGCCCAGAGACAGCAAGCGGGGCAAACAGAAGAAAAAGGAGAGCUAUUUGGAGGGCGAUGGCAGUGAUAAUUUAUUUCUCAUUAAGCAGAGGAAAAAAAAGUCCAAGCUGUGA